UCCUGCUGCUUCCUGCGGCGCGGGCAGGGGGAAAUAUAAACAGCGGCGCCUCGGGAAGGGCUGGGAUGCGGGCGCUGGACAGGCUGUGCCGGGAGCGGAGGCAGCGCUCGGGCUGAGAGUUGAAGAUGGCAGAGCCGGAAAGCACAGUCAUAAACACCAAUGUAAAACAGAAAGACCCCAGCACAGCUCUGGUCAUUGCUGUGACCACCAGAGCCAUCUUUAACCUGGAGGAGGAGCACAAGCUCUACCUGGAGAAGGGCAAGGAGGAGUACACAAGGCACCAGCAGGCCAACCAGGACAAGCCCCUGCCACCAGGCACAGCCUUUGCCUUCAUCCAGGCAGUGCAGUAUGUUAACAAGAAGAUCCUGGAGAGCAACCCAGCAGAGAGGGAGCUCUUUGACAUCCUGGUGCUCUCCAACAACAGCCCAGAGAGCGGCGUGCGCAUCAUCAACAGCGCCAAGCACUACGGCCUGGAGAUCUCCAAGUUCUGCUUCGUCAGUGACGAGGACUCCACACAGUACCUGAAGUCCCACGGCGUCAAGCUGUUCCUCUCAGCUGACAGGACAGAUGUCUGCAAUGCCCUCCAGAGAGGGGUCUCGGCAGCGCUCGUCUUCCAGCAGGAGGUGCAGGCCCCCAGCACUCCACUCCGCGUGGUGUUCGACGGGGAUGCCGUGCUCUUCUCCGACGAGACAGACCAGAUCUUCCAGGAGCAGGGCCUGGAGGGGGCCGUGCAGUACGAGCGGGCGAUGGAGGCCAUCCCCAUAGGAGAGGGUCCCCUGAAGGCUUUUGCCAUGCAGCUGGGGAAGAUGCGGAAGAAGUUUGGCCAGGAGAAGUCCUCGAUCCGCACGUACCUGGUGACGGCCCGCAGCGGCAGGGACAUGGGCAUCCGAGCCAUCAAGACGCUCCGGGAAUGGGGUCUGCCCAUCGACGAGGCUUUCUUCAUGGAUGGGGCUCCCAAGGGCCCCAUCCUCGCCCAGAUCCAGCCUCACAUUUUCUUUGAUGAUGGGCUUCAUAACAUCCAAGGGGCUCAAAAUGUGGGGGUGCCCUCUGCCUGGGUCCCCUCCUGCUGCUGAUGGGCUGCAGGCCAGCAGUCCUCCCUCCCAGCAACACAGGGCACUGGGCCAGUUGGAGGCAAAACUUCUGGUGGAGAAGGAAAGAUCUAAUGUGCAGCAAGCAAAUCUCAGGAAAAGGGGAUGAGAGCAUGGACUCCCAUGCAAAGCUUGAUGCAUAUUUCUGCUCCUGAUAAGAGGUCCUCUACACCUUAGGGUAGAGCCAAAAGACACAACUGCUCCAGGAUGGGAGGACACCUUUGCUGUGACACUGAGGACUACACCUACCUGCCAUGUAGGAUGUGGGGACUUUGCUCAAAGAAAUAAGUUAAGCUAAUGCUACACACACAAGCUGAAGGAAGCAAGAAAAAAUUGCUAGUUUUGGCUGUGCUCAGACAGUCUCCAAGAUGGAGCAACAGAAGGACAUCAGCCUGUUGAGCCGAGUCCAGAGGAGGCCAACUAAGAUGAUUAAAGGGAUAGAGCAUCCCUCCUGUGAAAAAGGGCUGAGAAAAUUGGGAUUGUUCAGCCUGGAAAAGAGAAGGCUUCAGAGUGACCUAACUGCAGCCUUCCAGGACCUGAAG